AUGAAGAUUAUCGAUGAUGAACAUGUCCUUCGGGAAGGAUUCCACCAUUUCGAAGAAGCCGACAUGAGCGGAUACGAUGUAAUUCUGGGUAUGCCAUGGUUGCAAGCUGCGAACCCCGACAUUGACUGGGUGCGAAGAUGCUGGACCUAUAGGAAAGCGUCAAAUAUCAGCCACGUGCACCUAGAUACCGCUAAGGAAUUUGCAACUUUAAUGGACAACAGCAACAUCAUAUUCGCCGCCUUUCCAUUGCGAGCUGCGCACGCAGCGACUGAGCCAAAUAUCCCGGAUGAUUAUAAGGAUUAUCUUGAUGUAUUCCGAGAAGAUAUACCUGACGCGGAACACGCACCCCACGAUCAUGCCAUAGAUCUCAAACCUGGCAAGGAACCACCGUACCGACCGAUAUAUAACCUGUCACCUCAAGAACUCUCCGUCCUCCGAGAAUAUAUUGAAAAGGCAUUAGAGAAGAAUUGGAUACGCCCGUCCAAGAGCCCAGCCGGUGCCCCAGUAUUAUUCGCACCGAAGAAAGACGGAACCCUGCGUCUUUGCGUAGAUUAUCGAGGGUUGAACGAAAUAACAGUCAAGAAUCGGUAUCCGCUGCCCCUGAUAAGUGAAAUACUCGAUAGAAUUCGCAUACGAGCGGGGGAUGAGUGGAAAACGGCAUUUCGAACACGAUACGGACACUUUGAGUAUCUGGUUUUACCCUUUGGGCUAACCAACGCCCCUGCGACUUUCCAAUCUUAUAUCAACAAGGCCCUCAGUGAUAUUUUGGAUGUAUAUUGCGUGGCUUAUCUUGACGAUAUCGUAAUCUAUUCGAAUACGCUUGACGAACACGUCGCCCAUGUUAAGAAUGUGCUGGAACAAAUUGGAUUUCUGGGUUUUGUGAUUACCACGCAGGGCAUCACUGUCGAAAAACGCCGCGUCGAUACGAUCCUAGAUUGGCCUGAACCGCGAACAAUAAACGAGCUGCAAACAUUCCUAGGAUUCGCCAACUUCUACCGACGAUUCAUAUACAAGUUCUCGAUAAUAACGGCACCCCUGACUGAGUUGCUAAAAGGAUACGAAACAAAAAAGGGGAAGAACAACGCACCUGUCCAACUGAACGAGAACUGCAAGCACGCAAUACUGCAGUUAAAAGAAUGCUUUACAAAAGCACCGUUAAACGGACGGAUCUGGCGUUGCAAUCGCCGCAGUAAUAUCGCAAUUAAUGGGAUGAUGGUCACUGGCACCCGAUCGCGUUUUGGUCCAGAAAACUCACAGAAGCAGAAAGACAUUAUCAAACAUAUGAUUUAG